AUGAAGCGCAAGAAACAACCAAAGCAAACCAUCAAGAUUGGGUCUGGAUCAUUAAUUGUUGUCCUUCUAGUUCUAUUGGUGGUCUUUUUAUUGAUUGGUGAACGGCAGUGGUUUCAAUCUUCCUCGUCACAAACCUAUAACUCAUCGAAAGUUGUCAAGCGGGUCAAUGUGACACGUUUGAACGAAGAAUAUCAAACUGUGGACGACAUUUUGCAAUGGAUUUGUAUGAAAGUCAAAUCCAAAGAACUGAAAAUAGUGGACCUGACCAAUUGGGGACCAUCCUCCUUGGUCAUUCUGCACAAGCUGGAACAACUGCAGAGGAUACAAGGUUGUCCCACGAUUCCAGUAGUCACCAUUGAUACCUUGCAUCUCUUUCCCGAAAGUUACACCUUUUUAGAGUCCAAAAAGAAGAUUAUGGGACAGAAUUUGCUCAUUGUCAAACCAAAGAAAUACGAAACGGCCAAAGGAUUUGACAAUCACUACGGAAUCAACUUGGCAGUCGAACAUCCACAACAAUAUGCGUAUUGGAGCAAGGUGGAACCAAUGUAUCGAGCCUUCAAUGCACUCAAAGCAGAUGCUUGGAUUACUGGUAGACGGCGGUCCCAAGGGGGUGAGCGGACGAACCUCCAGGCAUUUGAACUCGAUUCGAAUAACAACAAGAACAAGAACAACAAGAUCAAACGACUCAAGAUCAAUCCAUUGGUCGACUGGACCUACGAACAAGUGUGGGAGUACAUUCGGGAUAACGAUAUUCCCUACAAUCCACUGUAUGAUCAAGGUUAUAAGAGCCUUGGAGACGUCCGAACCACCAACAAGGUGGACGAACAAGAAAAUGAACGGGCUGGUCGGUUCCAGGGGAUGAACCAAACUGAAUGUGGAAUUCACAAUCUGGCCAUGCUAAGCUCCUCAGCCGAAGAAGAAAUGAAACCAAUAGAAGUGCAGACAUAUAUGGAACUUGCCCGAGACACAUUGGACCGCGUCGUCUUGAAUGAGGAAACCAACCAGUAUCGAAAUGGCCGAGACAAUGUAUUCGUUGUCUUUUAUCAUCCCCAAUGCGGUCAUUGCCAACGCUUUGAACCGGCCUUUUUUCAACUGGCCAACGAAAUGUACGAGGCCCCAGAAUCCGCACUGCUACAUAAAACGAUUGCGACGCGGUUCAACAUUGGUCGUUAUCAUACACCGAAUGCCAAGUUAAAGGCGGUCGGAAUGGAGGUCCAAGGAACCCCGGCCAUUUUUUUGGUAAAACACAAACCUACGCGACAUGCCGUCGAGUAUAAGGGACCACGGAAUCGGCUUCCCAUUCUUCUUUGGCUCCGCAAGGAGCUUGGAGGAAAAGACGAGCACGAUGGGGAGGAGCUGAGCAGGAAGAACUCGACUAGCACAACAGAUGAACAAGACGACCAAGACUUUCAAAAGAAGACAAAACAUAAACAUAGAUAG